CCUAUUCUAUAGCAUCAUACUGUGAGUGUACUAGAAGCACUUUCUAAAUCUGGAACAGAACAAAGUAUUCCAACAACAAUGGAAACUGCAGUAGCCAUCUCUCUCACUCUGUUCAUACUCACAGGUCUCUGUGCUGGUCAGGGUCUGUUUCCACAAGGUUCUGUGAAUGGAGCAGAAGGAGGGACAGCGAUGUUCAUCACAAAUCUAAUCCCACCAGCCCAGCCGUUCAUAAAAAUAUCCUGGACUGUUGGUGGAGCCAACAUUAUAACCUCUCCUGGUGAUGACUCUAUAGGGCCUGGAUACGGAGACAGGAUCACUCUGAACAAAACUACUGGAUCUCUGGAGCUCAGGAAUCUGACCCUGGCUGACAGUGGAGAAUACAGAGUGUCUAUAACAACAGCUACAGCAGAAACAAUCAAUGGAUCAACUGAACUGGUUGUGUAUGAGAAUAUAUCUGAUGCCAACAUCACAGGACCAUCAAACAAUCUGUUUGCAGAUUGGAGCUCCGCCAACUUAACCUGUGAGGCUGCUGGUAACAUCACUACUAUACAAUGGACGAAGGAAGGUCAGCCUCUGUCUGCUGGUGGCAAUAUAUUAUUCUCAGAGGAAAACAGGAAAGUAUCCAUCAGUCCUGUGAAGAGACACGACAACGGUGAAUAUGUGUGUAAACUCACCAACCCUGCCAGCUCUGCUACUGCCUCCUAUAGAAUGAUAGUGAACUAUGGACCAGAGUCCAUGACCAUCCUGGGCCGACAUAUCGCUGAGGUGGAGUCAUUCACCCUUAUUUACUGCUCUGUUCAGUCUGUACCGCCUGCUACGUUCACCUGGUUGUUCAAUGGGCAGAAGACAGGUGUACAUGAAGCUGGAUACAUCAUAAGGAGCGUCAGCUACAACAACAGUGGGGACUACAGAUGUGAUGCUAGGAAUGAUCUCACUGAAAAUGUUGUCUCUAUGGGCCAUAGUCUGUCAGUUAAAGAUAAAACCCCUCCACCCCUAAGCCCAGAGGGAGCAGCAGGUAUAGCAGUCGCUGUGAUGUUGGUAGUGGUUGCUGUAGCUCUUGGUCUCUAUUUCGGCAUAACUCAUCAUCGGAACAAGAAAGGGAACAAUGAAGAGAAAGAUACAGACGCACUGAGCAGAUCAUCCCAGACAGAGGAUAUGUCCAUGUCCAGCACUGACAAAGGACGUGAGGGGCACGAACUGACUACCCAAAUCCAGGACAGAACCCAUGAUCGCAAGCAACCACAACCAGGCACCAGCCAUACUAUAGCCACCAGCCAUUCACCAGGAACUAAAGCUUCUACAGGUGUACACGAUUAUGAGUGCAUAGCAAUUAAGAAAACUGGAGCUCCAACACCACCUUCAAGAGGAAAGCUUCCUGCCAGACAAACCAACACUGACACUGGCUCCACCAUGUACUGUAAAAGUAUAAAUUGAGAGCAGCUGAUCUCAACUACAUAUCUUCAGUUGGCUCUGGACUUCACCCAUCAGGUUUUACACCUUAAUCAAGUAAACAUGGACACAACAAACGACUGGAUGACCAGCCAAGAAGACUAGACACUACUGUACUCCACCUCUGAUGAGACACUGGUCUUUGUCUAAUUGCUCAAUGUAAUAUAGACCAGGUAACAGUACACUGAGACACAAGGACAAAUUGUAUCCCCUUAAAUUACACACACCAGUUGAAGUCCUACUCAUUUGAAUUGACUUUCCCUGGUCAAACUGCCAUCCCUCAGACCAUAAUGACCUGUGUUACAUUAAAUGCCAUCAGGGGAGUUUUCAUAGAAACUUCCUACACUGAACCACAUUACACAUGUAACAGAUGUAACAUCGGGUUUUUUCCUCUGAAAGGAGGAAGUUUGAGUGCUCCUGCUAUGCUUGCUAGUGCACUAUAUAGGAUGCAGAAGAUUCACUGAAAUUCCAAUAAAAUAAUGGAAUUAAUGUUUUAUUCGUCUCAUGCACUGAACGAUGCAACAUGUAUGGAUUUUGUUAAUGACUCUGGAAUUGGGUGUAAUACAAAUAAUCUUGACCCUCACACUUUAUUUAGAAUAAUAUUAUACACCUAUUAUACACAUCUCAUGCAUUGUGAGUGUUAAAUGAGUAGAGUUGGAGUGGAUGAAAAUAUCAUAAACGAGUACAUCAACAACUUUUUAUUUAUCAUAGGUCUCUGAUCACUAUAGGGUCUUGUAAAUAUUUCUUAUUUUGUCUCACAGGAUUAACUGAAUAAUAAAGAAAUUAAU